AACCGCAGCAGCUCUCUGAGUCCAGCUUCAUCAUUCACCGAGCAGCAGCAGCAGCAACAGCAACAACAGGAUGGCCCACAACACUGCCACCAUGGGGAAUCUUCCCAGCGGGAUCGGAAUAUGUACGACCAUCCCAGACAUCCUCUACCUGCCCGAACUGGUCUUCGGUGGUCUGGUCUGGAUCCUGGUAGCGUGCACGUUUGUGGUGCCGCACAACCCUCAGGGCUGGGUCAUGUUCGUCUCCGUCCUUUGCUUCACCGUGACUUUCAUCUGGAUAGUGGUGUUCGCCUGCGGGAUGCAUCACAACAAAGGCCGCUGGGCUGCAGCAGACGUUAUGUUUCACGGCAUCGCGGCCUUCCUCUACCUCAGUGCUUCAGUGGCUUUGGCCAAAGUGACUCUGGAGAUGAAGGAAGUGGGCGGCCAAAACUACCAUCUGGACAUCGCUGCAGUGGUCUUCUCGUACAUGACGACUCUCCUCUACUUCGUCCACACCAUCCUGUCUGCCAUCCGAUGGAAAUCUUUCUGAACCAGAGCAGAAGUGAUCUUUAUCCUUAAAGCUUGUACAUAAAGCUGCGGCAUGGUGACGUGAAGGGAGGGCUGAAGGUGAUGGAGACUCACUGCUGAGGUUUUUGUUCUUCCCUCUGCUGGUAGAGGAAGCUGUGACGCAACAUCUGGAUCACCACAGCGUCUCUCAGCGUCUGGUUGUCUGAAGCAGGAGGGGUUUUGAGGGAUUUAAAGUGAUGAAGUUUAGGCUUCACUGCCGGGUGGUUUGUGUCACAGAGCUGCUUCAUCUGUUCUGUCAACAGAUCCACAGAAACUCAGAAGCAUUUAAUCCAGAUGUUGCAGAGCCGGUUAGCAGGUUCAACUACAGCCUCACAAAUGAACAACAGUUUGAAUCAACAGCAAAAAAUGCUGAGCUGUUUCUAUUAUUUUGUCCACCCUCACAUGUUGUAAUGUGCACACUCGGCUCAUCUCUGCCUCCUCUGAGCAUCUUUACUGGUGUCCCUUUUGUUACGUUUUUCCUUUAGUUAAAUCAUUUAAUUUGGUAUUCUUGUUUCGCUCUCAGCUGAUUUUAUAUUUUUAUAAGUUUCUUAACAA